CCCGCGGAAGCGUUGCUGCACAGGCUCGCGCCGCUGUCCCGCGCGGGCGUUGCGUAACGCUUUGCGUAACCGGAGCGGCCUCGCGCCGACCGCGCGCACCUGGCGGGGGGGUCCGCGCCUCCCUCACGGCCGCCCCGCCUCACCUCACCCUGCGGCGUGGAUUCCGAGCGCGGCGGGGCCGCCCGACGGCGGCAUGGCCUCGGGCAAAGCGGCAGGGGAGCGGCGCUGGGAGCUGGUGCGCUGGUAUGUGAGGGAGGGCCGGUUCCGCAUCGAGGAGAGGACGCUGACGGCCUUCCAGUGGCUCUACUCUCCCCAGCAGCACCGCAUCGUCAGCCGCGCCGACCUGGGCUCACCCAGCAGGAUUGACAAGACGAUGCUGGCCAGCCUGAAGAUGAAGAAGCAGGAGCUGCUGAGCAGCACAGAUGUGACCCUCCCGGAGCGGCCACUGUCCCCUCCACUCACUGCCCCCCCCACCAUGAAGUCUGCAGAAUUCUUCGAGAUGUUGGAGAAGAUGCAGGCACCAAAACUUGAAGAUCAGAAAGCUGGAAGCCAAAAACAUAAGGAGGACUACAUCCCAUACCCCAGCAUCGAUGAGAUCCUGGAGAAGGGCAGCCCCUACCCGCUGGUCAUUCUGCCCCAGUUUGGGGGGUACUGGAUUGAGGACCCAGAGAACCUCGGCACACCCACCUCAUCCGACAGCAGUGUCUGCGAGGAGGAAGAGGAGAACUUCAGCCCCAGCCCCUAUGGGUACAAGCUGGAGUGCAAAGGAGAGGCCAGAGCCUACAGGAAGCACUUCCUGGGGAAGGACCACUUAAACUUUUACUGCACGGCCAGCAGCCUGGGAAACCUGAUCCUGUCCAUUAAGUGUGAGGAGAUGGAUGGCACUGAAUAUUUACGGAUUAUACUCAGGUCCAAAGUGAAGACGUUGCAUGAAAGAAUUCCUCUGGCAGGAUUUAGCAAGCUGCCCAGCAUCCCACAGAUUGCGAAGGCCUUCUGUGAUGAUGCCUCUGGACUGAAGUUUAAUCCGGUUCUGUAUCCCAAGGCCUCCCAGAUGAUAGUGGCUUAUGAUGAGCAUGAGGUCAACAACACUUUCAAGUUUGGUGUCAUCUACCAGAAGUUCAGGCAGACUCAGGAGGAAGAGCUGUUCGGCAACAAUGAGGAGAGUGCUGCCUUCAGGAACUUCCUAAAUUUGCUGGGAGACACCAUAACACUGCAGGACUUUAAAGGUUUCCGAGGAGGCCUGGAUGUCAGCCACGGGCAGACGGGGGUUGAGUCUGUGUACACCGUGUUCCGGGACAGGGAGAUCAUGUUCCACGUGUCCACCAAGCUGCCUUUCACGGAAGGGGACACCCAGCAGCUGCAGAGGAAGAGACACAUUGGCAACGACAUUGUGGCAAUUAUCUUUCAAGAAGAGAACACGCCAUUCGUCCCAGACAUGAUUGCCUCCAAUUUCUUACACGCCUACAUUGUGGUGCAGGUGGAGAACCCCGAUGCAGACACUGCAUCCUACAAGGUCUCCGUCACGGCCCGGGAAGACGUCCCCUCCUUUGGCCCACCACUGCCGAGCCCGCCAGUGUUUCAGAAGAGCCCCGAGUUCCGGGAGUUCCUGCUCACCAAGCUCAUCAAUGCCGAGAACGCCUGCUGCAAGUCAGACAAGUUUGCGAAGCUGGAGGACCGGACACGUGCUGCCCUGCUGGACAACCUUCAUGAUGAGCUCCACGGGCACACACAGACCAUGCUGGGGAUGGGGCCUGAGGAGGACAAGCUGGAGAACGGAGGACACGGGGGCUUCCUGGAGUCUUUCAAGAGAGCCAUCCGCGUGCGCAGCCACUCCAUGGAGACAAUGGUGGGCAGCCAGAGGAAGCAGCAUGGCGGCGGCAUCCCGGGCAGCCUGAGCGGGGGCAUCGCGCACAACAGCAGCGAGGUGACCAAGACCACCUUCUCGCCCCCAGUCUCGGCAGCCGCGGCCAAGAACCAGUCGAGGAGUCCCAUCAAGCGCCGCUCGGGGCUGUUCCCACGCCUGCACACGGGGUUGGAGAGCCAGGCAGACAGCAGAGCGCGAUGUGACAGUAUUUCUGGAGCACAGAAGACACCAGAUGUUGGACAUUCAUCCCAGGAGAUGAAAUCUGAGACCUCAUCCAACCCCAGCUCCCCUGAAAUAUGCCCCAACAAAGACAGGCCCUUUGUCAAGCUGAAGGAGAACGGCCGGUCCAACAUCUCGCGCUCCUCCUCGAGCACCAGCAGCUUCAGCAGCACGGCGGGGGAGAGUGAGACACUGGAGGAGUACGACAGCGUGGGCAGCCAGCCAUCCACAGCAUCGCCCUUCAAGCAGGAUGUGUUCAUCUACAGCGCAUCGCCCGGCAGUGAUAGCCCAAGCAUGGGGGCCGCGGCCACCCCAGUCAUCAUGAGCCGGAGCCCCACAGAUAUAAAGAACAGAAACUCCCCGAGGUCAAACCUGAAGUUCCGCUUCGAUAAGCUCAGCCACGGCAGCUCCAGCACGAGUCACUAGCAGGAUAAAAGGAAGUCGAGAACUUUUCAGCGAGGAUUUUUGUUUCAGCGAAGGGAAAACUUCACCUCCCCGUGGGAACGCACGCACCUCACACUCCAGCACGGUGCCCUCCCCGCUGCAGCCGACCCUGUGCCCGCCGGAGGACGUCACCUUCCUCCCGGCCCCAGCAGUCCUAGCCCUCCCCGUGCCCCCCUGCCUCCCCUACGGCCCCAGCAGGCUGCGGGCAGGGAGCUGGGGGGGCACCGGAGAGGUUUGAAGUGUCCCUCAGGUGCUUGCACCGUCCAUGCACACACACACCUGGGAGUUUUUUUUCCCCUUGGCAGGCACGGGCAGCUCUGGUUCUCUGCUUUUGGAGCUGGUGCGGCAGUGCUGUGGGACCGGGGCUCACGCGCUGCCCCUGCUGACCCCACCCCCAGCUCUUGGGCUGCAAAAUACCUGGGGCCGCGCAGCCCCGCGCUCCCCGGGUGCUGGCACGCGGUGCCAUCUGCCUUCUCUGCGUGGCCCGAGUGCUUCUUCCCUGCCCAGAACUCCAGCGUGGGCCCGGGACAGACCGAAGCCAAAGCUGCGGUGUAACCGAAUCCCAGACUGGUGCUCGGAGCACUGAGCCUGCGGGAUCUGCCUCGUCCCGGGGCUGCUCCAUCCGCCGGUGGCCGGGACGGCAUUGGGCUGCUCCGCCCUUUGCAACAUCAGCCCCCGCCUCUGAGCGCGCGUCCGUUCACUUCGAAAGAGGGCGGUUACGGCUGUGCAAGGUGACACCUCCCCGUGCCGCUCUGCAGAAGAUACUCCUGCCCGCACAGAUAUCCCUCGGCCCUUAGGGAGCUUUGCCUAAGGUUCGCUGUAAGUCUGUCUACUACGUUCAGGGUGGUCACGGAUUUCCCCCAUCCACUUUUUAAAUGCUGCAGAGGUGCAGCGCUGCACCUCGCCUCAAUCCGUCACACUUGCAAAAGUAACCGCCAGAAGCGACGUUCUUUAUUUCAAAUGGAAGCCGUUUUUUGAGUUCAUGAUUCCUAACGACGCACAGCUGGCAGCGCCAAAGCCGCCCGCGCGCGGCUGCAGCCCCCGCCCACAAACGGCCCGGCGGUGCGCGCCGCGUGGCGCCGUCUGGAGGAAGGGCUGUGGGCCGGUGGGGCGCGUUAACGAAGGAAUUAACGAUCCGAUUGACGAAGGAAUCGCGUCGCGGAGAACGCGAGGACUCCCGACGGGCGCUGAGCGCUCCCUCCCGCGGUCCGUGAGUUGCUUUUAAGUCGCGUUUAAACCUCGAGCUGCUCUUUGCCGGAGGCGGUUCCCCUCGCUUUGCUGCCCCCCGGGGGCGCCGAACCCUCGCCCUUCCGCGGAGUGCGGCGCUGCGGGGCUGCCGCGCGCCCGGGGCUCGGUGCGUCUUUCCCGAGGAGUUGUGUGGUUCUGUGCGUGUCGUUGUUUGCGCGCGUGUUGAUCUCUGUGAGAUCUUUCAGCAAAUGCAGUGGCUGCUCUCGUCCGGGCUUUUGUUUUCGGGUCGUUGUUUUGUUUCUGUUAUUACUUGAAUCUGCGAGGUUCCUUCUGACCCGGAGCGCUUUGUCUGAGGGCUCUGGGAGGGCUGCGGCCCCGGGGCUGAAGCGAUGCGUGGGGCGUCGCGGGCCGCGGCGUGGUUCCCCGCUCUGCCCGGGCUGACCGUGCGGGGUGCAGCCGUGCGCUGGCGGAGCGCGGAGGAUUUUGUGCUCCUGCGGUGGGUGAGGGCGUUCCUGCAUAUAUAUUGCAAAACGUUUUGUGCUUCUACGUGACACACGCACACAUGUACACACCUGCAUACAAAUGGAAGUGCUUUUUUUUUUUCCUGGGUAAAAAGGGACCGUCCCAAGCACAGACUCAGUUUCUUUACGGAGUUUUGGGCUCUGUGGCGACGGCAGACGCAGGGCUGGAAUGUUUCCUUGGCACCGGCGGGCACGGUAACCCUGAUGGAAGCCACGACCCCGGGUUUCCUCAGCUGCUGCAGGGGCAGUCGGUGCCGGCGGUGCCGCGUGGCCCCGAUCCCCGCAGGGCACAUUGCACCCACACUGCAGGGCUGCGUGUGGCUGGGAUGUGCUCAGCUCGGACCCUUAGAGCGUGCUUCGUUGUUGGAAGGAAUGUAGCACUGCGUAUAUCCUGCGAAGGAAAAUGCUGAAUUUAUAUCAUUAGAAUGUGAAGAGAGUUUAUAGAGUGAAAAAAAAAUCUUGGAAAAACGUAUCUGACAGAAGUUUAUUUUUUAUGUGGAGAGGCGGCGCUUCGUAGUUCCUGGUGGCCUAUGUCUGUUGUAAAUAAUGUACAUUUAAUUUAUUGCUAUAGUAGCAGAUUGUAUUUGUUAUGUAUAAAACUAAAGGUUCACAAAUGUAUAUUUUGUUGCUUAAAUGUGUCUUUGCAAAAUUCACAAUAAAUAACAUAUUUUGUGUC